GUUCAUAGAGGGAAUGACGCAGGCAUUUCUUUUGCAGCGUUGGACUUUCGUUUUAUAAGGAAUUAUGACACUGAGCCGUGGCCCGUACAGCGAGCUCGAUAAAAUGAGCCUUUUUCAAGACCUCAAACUCAAACGGCGCAAAAUCGAUUCGCGAUGCAGCAGUGACGGCGAGUCCAUAGCGGACACGUCCACCUCGUCGCCGGACCUGCUGACGCCCAUGUCGCCGAAGCUCUGCGACAGCGGUUCGGCGGGGGCCUCGCUGGGGGCAUCGCUGCCCCUGCCGCUGGCCCUGCCCCUGCCGAUGGCCCUGCCACUGCCCAUGUCGCUGCCCCUGCCCCUCACGGCGGCAUCAUCGGCGGUCACCGUCUCGCUGGCAGCGGUCGUGGCGGCGGUGGCCGAAACGGGUGGAGCUGGCACAACAGCAGUGACAGCGUCGGGAGCAGGACCCUGCGUGUCCACGUCGUCCGCGACGGCAGCGGCAGCCACAUCCUCGACCUCCUCGCUCUCGCACACGUCCUCCUCCUCUUCGUCCUCCUCCAGCACCUCCUCCGCCUCGCCGACAGCUGGAGCCUCCUCCACGGCCACCUGCCCCGCCAGCAGCAGCAGCAGCAGCAGCAGUGGAAACGGUCACGGAAACGGAAGUGUGGGCAAAUGUGGUAGCAUCAAGCAGGAGCACACGGAGAUACACUCGUCGAGCAGCGCAAUUUCGGCGGCCGCCGCCUCAACGGUGAUGUCACCGCCGCCCGCAGAGCCGACGAGAUCCAGUCCAGCCACGCCCGAGGGAGGCGGACCAGCUGGCGCCGGAAGCGGAGCAUCGGGUGGAGGAGCCACGAGCGGCGGACCAACGGCGGGAGUGGCCAUCAAUGAGCACCAAAACAAUGGCAAUGGCAGCGGCGGGAGCAGUCGAGCCUCUCCCGACUCGCUGGAAGAGAAGCCCUCGACCACAACGACCACGGGUCGUCCAACGCUCACGCCCACGAAUGGGGUGCUGUCGUCCGCCUCGGCGGGCACGGGGAUUUCCACCGGGAGCAGCGCCAAGCUGAGCGAGGCCGGUAUGAGUGUGAUACGCUCCGUGAAGGAGGAGCGGUUGCUCAACGUGUCCAGCAAGAUGCUGGCGUUCCAUCAACAGCGGGAGCAAGAGACCAAAGCAGCGGCGGCUGCAGCAGCAGCAGCAGCAGCGGCGGGCCAUGUGACGGUUCUAGUGACGCCGUCGCGCAUCAAAUCGGAGCCACCGCCGCCGGCCUCACCCUCCUCCACAUCCAGCACACAAAGGGAAAGGGAACGGGAGCGGGAACGCGACCGAGAGCGGGAUCGCGAAAGGGAACGCGAGCGGGACCGGGACCGAGAUCGGGAACGGGAACGGGAACAGUCCAUCAGCUCCUCGCAGCAGCACCUAAGCCGGGUCUCCGCCAGUCCACCCACUCAGCUGUCGCACGGCAGCCUGGGACCCAACAUCGUGCAGACGCACCAUCUUCACCAGCAACUCACACAGCCGCUGACGCUGCGCAAGAGCAGCCCGCCCACAGAGCACCUGCUCAGCCAGUCCAUGCAACAUCUCACCCAGCAGCAGGCGAUCCACCUGCACCACUUACUUGGCCAGCAACAGCAGCAGCAGCAGGCGUCGCAUCCCCAGCAGCAACAGCAGCAGCAGCACUCGCCCCACUCCCUGGUGCGGGUGAAAAAGGAACCGAAUGUGGGUCAGCGGCACUUGUCGCCGCAUCACCAGCAACAGUCGCCGCUCCUGCAGCACCACCAACAGCAGCAGCAGCAGCAGCAACAACAACAGCAGCAUCUACACCAGCAACAGCAGCAGCAGCAGCACCACCAGCAGCAGCCCCAGGCACUGGCCCUGAUGCAUCCCGCAUCGCUGGCGCUAAGGAACAGCAAUCGGGAUGCGGCCAUCCUGUUUCGGGUGAAGAGCGAAGUGCACCAGCAGGUGGCCGCCGGGCUGCCGCAUCUGAUGCAGUCCGCUGGUGGAGCAGCGGCCGCCGCCGCAGCAGCAGUGGCCGCGCAGCGAAUGGUGUGCUUCAGCAAUGCCAGGAUCAAUGGCGUGAAGCCGGAGGUGAUUGGAGGACCGCUGGGCAACCUGCGGCCCGUGGGCGUGGGUGGCGGAAACGGUGGUGGCUCCGUACAGUGCCCCUCGCCGCAUCCAUCCUCCUCGUCGUCAUCGUCGCAGCUGUCGCCGCAGACGCCCUCCCAGACGCCGCCCCGUGGCACGCCCACCGUCAUAAUGGGCGAGAGCUGCGGGGUGCGCACCAUGGUCUGGGGCUACGAGCCACCGCCGCCCUCGGCGGGUCAGUCCCACGGCCAGCAUCCGCAGCAGCAACAGCAGUCGCCCCACCACCAGCCGCAACAGCAGUCGCAGCAGCAGCAGCAGCAACAGCAGUCGCAGCAGCAGCAGCAGCAGCAACAGCAGCAAGCGCAGCAGCAGCAACAGUCGCUGGGCCAGCAGCAGCACUGCCUCUCCUCGCCAUCGGCGGGAUCACUGACGCCCUCCUCCUCCUCCGGCGGCGGUUCGGUGUCUGGCGGCGGAGUGGGCGGACCACUCACGCCCUCAUCGGUGGCGCCGCAGAACAACGAGGAGGCCGCCCAACUGCUGCUCUCGCUGGGACAGACGCGCAUCCAGGACAUGAGAUCACGGCCACACCCCUUCCGCACACCGCACGCCCUCAACAUGGAGCGGCUGUGGGCGGGCGACUACUCGCAACUGCCGCCCGGCCAGCUGCAGGCCCUGAAUCUCAGUGCCCAGCAGCAGCAGUGGGGCAGCAGCAACUCCACGGGUCUCGGUGGCGUUGGCGGCGGCAUGGGCGGACGCAACCUGGAGGCGCCGCACGAGCCGACCGACGAGGACGAACAGCCGCUCGUGUGCAUGAUCUGCGAGGACAAGGCCACCGGCCUGCACUACGGCAUCAUCACCUGCGAGGGGUGCAAGGGCUUCUUCAAGCGGACGGUGCAGAACCGACGAGUCUACACCUGCGUGGCGGACGGCACCUGCGAGAUAACCAAAGCACAGCGCAACCGUUGUCAGUAUUGUCGAUUUAAGAAGUGCAUCGAGCAGGGCAUGGUGCUGCAAGCCGUUCGCGAGGAUCGCAUGCCAGGCGGUCGCAACAGCGGCGCCGUCUACAAUUUGUACAAGGUGAAGUACAAGAAGCACAAGAAGACCAACCAGAAGCAGCAGCAGCAGGCCGCCCAGCAGCAGCAGCAGCAACAGGCGGCCGCACAGCAGCAGCACCAGCAACAGCAGCAGCAUCAACAGCACCAGCACCAGCAGCAGCAGCAGCAGUUGCACUCGCCGCUCCACCACCACCACCACCAGGGCCACCAAUCGCACCACGCGCAGCAGCAGCACCACCCACAGCUGUCGCCGCAUCACCUGCUGUCGCCGCAGCAGCAGCAACUUGCCGCCGCGGUGGCAGCAGCUGCGCAGCACCAACAGCAACAGCAGCAGCAGCAGCAGGCCAAGCUGAUGGGCGGCGUGGUGGACAUGAAGCCCAUGUUCCUCGGCCCCGCUCUGAAGCCGGAGUUGCUGCAAGCACCGCCCAUGCACAGUCCGGCGCAGCAACAACAGCAACAGCAGCAGCAGCAGCAGCAGGCCUCGCCGCAUCUCGCGCUUAGCUCGCCGCACCAGCAGCAACAGCAGCAGCAGCAGGGACAGCACCAAAACCACCACCAGCAACAAGGCGGUGGUGGCGGAGGAGCUGGCGGAGGAGCCCAACUGCCGCCGCACCUGGUGAACGGAACGAUACUGAAAACGGCCCUGACCAAUCCCAGCGAGAUUGUGCAUCUGCGCCACCGCCUCGACUCGGCGGUCAGUUCGUCCAAGGACCGACAGAUCUCGUACGAGCACGCCUUAGGCAUGAUCCAGACGCUGAUCGACUGCGACGCGAUGGAGGACAUUGCCACACUGCCGCACUUCAGCGAGUUCCUCGAGGACAAGUCGGAGAUUAGCGAGAAACUGUGCAACAUCGGCGAUUCCAUAGUCCACAAGCUGGUGUCGUGGACAAAGAAGUUGCCCUUCUACCUGGAGAUCCCGGUGGAGAUACACACCAAACUACUGACGGACAAGUGGCACGAGAUCCUCAUCCUGACCACGGCCGCCUACCAGGCGUUGCAUGGCAAGCGGCGCGGCGAAGGCGGAGGUGGAGGUGGUGGCAGCAGGCAUGGUUCGCCGGCAUCAACGCCACUGAACACGCCCACUGGCACGCCGUUGAGCACGCCGAUACCCUCGCCCGCCCAGCCACUGCACAAGGAUGACCCGGAGUUUGUCAGCGAGGUGAACUCGCACCUGAGCACCCUGCAAACCUGCUUGACCACGUUAAUGGGCCAGCCGAUAGCGAUGGAGCAGCUGAAGCUGGACGUCGGGCACAUGGUGGACAAAAUGACCCAGAUCACCAUCAUGUUCCGGCGCAUCAAGCUCAAGAUGGAGGAGUACGUCUGCCUAAAGGUCUACAUACUGCUGAACAAAGCAGAAGUGGAACUGGAGAGCAUCCAGGAGCGGUACGUCCAGGUGCUGCGAUCCUACCUGCAAAACUCGUCGCCGCAGAAUCCGCAGGCGAGGCUCAGUGAACUGCUCUCCCACAUACCAGAGAUUCAGGCCGCGGCCAGUCUGCUGCUCGAGAGCAAGAUGUUCUAUGUGCCCUUCGUGCUCAACUCGGCGAGCAUAAGGUAGCAGAUGCUUGAGCACGGACUGCUGCCCACCGCCAACCAUCAGUCGGCGCCACCACCUGGUCCUGAUCCGAUGCCGGAGCGGCAGCAGCAGCAGCAGCAGCAGCAACAGGAGCGGCGUCGAAGCAGGCAGCAGCAGCACCAGUUGCUGCGCAACUUGCCCAAGAUCAAGAUCGAGAUCGGUUCCCAGCGCGAUCCGGAGGAAGGGGAGUCGGAGCAAGAGCAGGAGCAGGAGCUGGAGCAGGAGCUGGAGCAAGAGCAGGAUGAGCCGUCCCGACCCUCCGCCGCAUCCACGUCCAUUUUGAAGACUUCACUGCUGAGCGGAGCGGCGGCCACGUUGGCCACCUUGACGGCGGCAGCCGAGCAGAUAGCCCGCUCCUCGGCCAGCUGCGAUACUGCCAGGGAUUACUCCCAUAGCAGCAACAGCAACACUGCCACAGCAGCAACAGCAGCAACAGGAGCUAUGGCCAGCGGCAGGACAGGCAGCAGCAACAGUUUAGAAGAGAGCAAAAGACUUGAGCAUCAACAACAACAAAAACAACAACAACAACAACAGCAACCACAACAGCAUCAGCAGCAACAAUAUACAUCAAUACUACACACGGCCUUAAUGUCACAGCGUUCCAUGCCACCAGCGACAUCACCAGCAGCGACGCCGACGACGGCAGCAACCACAUCGCCCACGCCUGCGCAUGUGCUGAAAACAGCGGUGACCUUAGCCAGUCUAAGUGAGAUAGCCACUGCACGUCAGCAGCAGCAGGAGCAGCAGCAACAGCAGCAAUUGCUGGCGUUGCAGCAGCAACAGCUAACGAAACUGCCCAGAAGGAUAAUCAACUUUGGCAGCAACCACUCUGCCAACACUGCCACCAAAGGAUUGGGAGCGGUAGCAGAAGCAGGUGCAGGUGCAGGAGCAGGAUCAGGAGUGGGCAUGGGCAUGGCCACAGCAACGGCAACAGUAGCAGCAACAGCAACAGCAACAGUUGGACGCAAUCGUCAACUGGGCCUGAGUCAGGGUCAAGUGGUGAAUGCCAGGACAGCACGCCUGCUCAACGGCAACUGUUGCGGCCGAUUGCAGGCGACAGCAGCAACAGGGGCCAGCAGGGGCACCAACACUGCCGGCAGCAACACGGUCAACAUACAAACUCAGACCGACGAUGAGUUGCUGCCGCUGCUAGCCAUGCCCCCACAAGACGCUCCCACAACAACAACAACAGCAGCAGCAGCAGCAGCAGUAUCAUUAUCAUUAUCAGCCACAUCAUCAUCAUCAUCAUCACCAUCGACGAUUUCAUUAGCAACACGUGCAGCAGCAGCAAUGCAGCAGCAGCAACAAUGGACUGCCGUGUCGACGACGCCAGCAACAGGAGUGAUGAUGACGACGACGACGACACAACCACAAUCACAAUCACGAGCAACAUUAGCACCACAACAACAGCAACUAUCACUGCCACAACAAAUGCAACAGUUUAAUACGAGAAUCAACAGAAAAACAGCAACAAUUACAACAGCCACCACAACAGCACCAACAACAACAACAACAACAACACGAAACAGCAACAUCAACAUAAACUUCAACAGCAACAAUAACUAUAUGAAUAACAAUAAUAUUAACGCCGCCACUGCCAGAGUCACUGCCUCUGUCUUCGCCUCCGCCUCUGCCACGGCCACGACCACGGCCACGCCCACUGCCACAGGCCCGCGCCAGCGAAUGGCCCCACAGCCGCCACCGCAACCGCCCCCGCCCCCGCGCACGCCCACAGCCACCUCAGCUUCUGUUACUGUAGUUGUGUUCAAAACAAUGUUACCUGAUGACUGAAUUAUUUUAGAAUCGUACACAUAGAGCAUGUUUUAUUAUGAUUACCACUAUGAUUACCACUUACGAUUUACGAUUACGAUUAUGAUUACGAUUAUGAGUAUGUCUGGAGAUCAUUAGCCCUAUUAACUAUUCAUUAGUUAUGGAUUAUCGAUUAUUACUAUUUUUACUAUUACUAUUGCUACAUGCAUAAUGUAGAGCCUAAUUGAUCUAUCGUGUAUUUUAGUUCGUCUAAUUGUUGGAUCCCUGUACUAUAUCCCACACACAUACACACACUCACCCAUAUUUGAUCCUCACCCCUCGCCUUCCCAAACAAUCCAUACACACUCACACACACUCACACAUACACACACACACUCACACAUACACACACUCAACCGUUACUAAGGAAGGGUAUGCGCAUAUGCGAAGUUGAAACAUUUUAAUCAUGUAUUUUUUUUUUGUGUUUUUGCUGCAAGGAGAUGAAAGUCGAGGAGGACGAGCAACAGCAAUUCGAAGUGUUAAUUGAGUAGGAUUAUGAGUACGUAGCGAGCAUGUAAGGAGUAUGUAAUGACUAAGUAAGGUUUACGUAGACACAAUGCCACAUACAGCUAUAGCAAGCAUUUAGGAUGCGUGCAUAUGUCAGUUAUCUAUUUUUUUUUAAACUAAAAUCUAUAUAAAGUAACGCGAGAGAGGAACGGAGAGCGAAGCAGGGCGGGAGAUUCAACCACAUAAAGUAUAAAUAGUAGAGCUUGAGCCAAGUAGCUAGUUUAGGGUACAUCCGUUUUUGGGGGCAGGGAAGUAGAGCAAUUUGUCGACGAGACGAGGUGGGGUGAGCGGUAACGAAGAUCGGUAACGGAAGUGGAGACAAAACGGAUCCGGAUCCGGAACCGAAACCGAAACCGAAACCAGAACCGGAAACGGUAAGGGUAAGGGUAAACGACCGGAAACGGAAGCUGGACUGCCAGAUCGGAAUCACACAUCAACCAUUAUGAGAACUUCGCUCGCAACUCUUGCAGAAUUAUACUGUUAGCUACUGUUAGUUAUCGAACCCAAAACGCCCAACCCACACACACUAUACCUAAGUUAAGAACGCAUAAUCACAUACUACACAUAAAUUACGCAUAGUACAUACAAGAAAGAGGAAUGAGAAAACGAGAAAAUGAGAAAAAGAGAAAAAGAGAAAAAACAAAGAUAAGGAAGAUAAGAAAAAAAAGAAAGAAACGAAAGGACUUUUUUUUUUGUAAGCUCGAUUGCGCAAUUGUAUAUCGUAAUCGUGUUGUCGUCGCAA